AUGCAGUUUGGUGGGCGAAUCGAGCAACAUAAGGUCCAGGUGCUUGUGGACAGCGGUGCAAGCCUAAAUUUCAUAGGCCCACAGGUGGAAGAGCGAUUAAGGUUAGCUGAGACAGGGCAGCAGCCCUUUGCGGUGUGGGUAGCCAACGGCAAGCGGCUGGUAUGUAGCCAGGGGGUUGAGUUUAAGGUGACUCUUUAUGCCUUGCCGGUAAUCGGAGUAGAGGCAGUUCUCGGGGUACCAUGGCUAGAACAAUUGGGCCCGACACUCAUGAAUUACAAAGAGAUGAUGAUGGAAUUCGGAACGGAGGGUAAGAGGCACAUUUUGAGGGGAGCAGUUCCGAAGGGGACGAGGGCAGUGAAGGCCCGAUCAGUAGUGCAAGAAGUGACGUUGGGGGCGCAGUUAUUCAUGGCUGUCGAAGCAAUGGUGAAUACAGUAGCUGAGGGAGGAGCGGGAAAGCGGAUAGCCAAGGACAUGGUUCGGUUGUUGGCCGAGUUUGUUGAGGUGGUGGCCGAACCAAAGGGCCUUCCCCCUGCCCGACGAGAUCGAGAGGCAAGUCGAGCAGAUGUUGAAGACCAGGUUGAUCCGGCGGAGUACAAGCCCAUUCUCAUCUCCGGUCCUCCUAGUCAAGAAGAAAGACGACACUUAGAGGAAGAGGUCGAGUGUCUUGGCCACUUUAUUUCACGGCGAGGCGUGCGGGUCGACGAUCGGAAAAUUGAGGCCAUGAGAUCAUGGCCUCCACCAAAAUCAGUCACAGAAUUACGAGGGUUUCUGGGACUAACGGGCUAUUACUGCAAGUUCGUGAAGGGUUAUGGCGGGAUUGCACGACCCUUAACGAAUCUCUUGAAGAAUGGUCGUUUUGAGUGGAGCAUCGAAGCUAAAGGAACCUUUAAUGUGCUGAAGACCGCAAUGAUCGCAACCCUCAUCUUUGCACUGCCCGACUUUGAGGAUGAAUUCAUGAUCGAGGCGGACGCUUCCGGCACUGGCAUUGGCGCAGUCCUUUCACAGAAGGGCCGACCUCUCGCUUUCCUAAGCAAGGGCCUCAAUGAAUCGAAGAAGUCGUGGUCGACCUACGAGAAGGAGAUGUUAGCGGACUUACUUGCUCGGGCGCCGAUUUACUAUCCGGACUGA